GAAACAAAUACUAGCAUCAGGCAUCUCUGCGAACACCAGCCGAAAACACAGAGAGAGACAGAGAGGGAUAGAGAGAGACAGAGCAGCCUCCAUGGCACCGGAGCUUCUCCUACUGCUCUCCCUAACUCUCGUAGCUCUCAUCAUCUUCUUCACCUUUAGGAGAAGCGGAAAGACAGAUAACAAGCGACUCAAACUCCCGCAAGGGAAUUUGGGAUGGCCUCUCAUCGGCGAAACCAUCUCCUUCAUGCAGCCUCAUUCCUCAGCCUCCUUAGGAGGGUUCAUGGAUCAGCACAUAGCCAAGUAUGGGAAAAUUUUUAGGAUGAACUUGCUGGGGAAGCCGACGAUCGUGUCGGCCGACCCGGACUUCAAUCGGUUCAUUCUACAGAGCGAGGGGAGAUUGUUUGAGAACAGCUGCCCCACAAGUAUCGCAGAGAUCAUGGGGAGGUGGUCGAUGCUGGCUCUGGUGGGAGACAUCCACCGUGAGAUGAGGUCCAUCGCUGUCAACUUCAUGAGCAACGUCAAGCUGAGGACUUACUUCUUAGGUGACAUCGAGCUACAGGCCAUCAAGAUUCUUGACUCCUGGAAGCCGAACUCCACCUUCUCUGCCCAAGAGCAAGGGAAGAAGUUUGCAUUCAAUUUGAUGGUGAAGCAUUUGAUGAGCCUGGAUCCGGGAAUGCCGGAGACCGAGCAACUAAGGAGAGAAUACAUCACUUUCAUGAAGGGAAUGGCAUCCAUUCCUUUGAACUUGCCGGGAACGGCCUAUAGAAAAGCCUUGCAGUCGAGGGCCACAAUCCUCAAGAUCAUGGGCCAAAAGCUGGACGAGAGGAUCAAAAAGGUUGAUGAAAAUUGUGAGGGCCUCGAGCAGGAUGACCUCCUUGCGUCAGUUGCCAAGCAGCCCAACCUCGCGAAAGAACAGAUACUUGAUCUGAUACUGAGCAUGCUCUUCGCCGGUCAUGAAACAUCCUCCGCCGCCAUCUCCCUCGCCAUCUAUUUUCUCGAGUCUUGCCCCAAAGCAGCCGACCAAUUGCGAGAAGAGCACAGAGAAAUUGCAAGGAUGAAGAGGGAAAAGGGGGAGACUGGACUCAACUGGGAUGACUACAAACAGAUGGAGUUCACUCAUUGUGUGAUCAAUGAAACUCUUAGGCUGGGCAACAUUGUAAAGUUCUUGCAUAGAAGGGCCAUCAAAGAUGUCCAGUAUAAAGGUUUUGACAUUCCAUGCGGGUGGGAGGUAGUUCCAAUUAUUUCAGCAGCACAUCUGGAUCCUUCCAUAUACGAUGACCCACAGAGCUACAAUCCAUGGAGAUGGCAGGCCAUCUCUGCGACCGUGACGAAGAAUUGCAACGUGAUGUCGUUCAGCGGCGGUCCACGCCUGUGUCCUGGAGCAGAGCUUGCCAAGCUUGAGCUGGCUGUUUUCCUUCACCACCUUGUGCAAAAGUAUAGGUGGGAGUUAGCAGAGCAUGACUACCCCGUCUCCUUCCCUUUCCUUGGUUUUCCCAAGGGCUUACCGAUUAAGGUCCGGCCCCUCAACGAAGAAAAGCCAUGAAGCAAUUGGUGGCGACGCCAUGUAUUGAUAUUGAAGGCACCGGUGGCUACUUUCAUUCUGUUCGCUAGGAGCCGGAUGUUGGAAUGGUAGUGUCCUCCCGGACAUGUUUGAUCGUUGCAAUCCAAUGAAAUAAAUUUGCUCCACGUUGUUGUCCCAACCAGGGAAUGGCCUUCUUUUGUGCGCAAAUCCUUCAAUCAUGUGAAAAUCAAAUGUGAUGUGCAAUCCAUCCCUCAAACUAUCAAAACGUAUACAUGGUCCGCCUCAGCCAAGUCUCUCUUUA